UUUUUCUUUGUUUUGUUUCAGGGCAUUUCAUGAACGUGUUCUGGUUCUCUAGCACAAAAUGUCACUUCUCUAUGGACUUGGUUUGGUGGAAGUUAUUUGACAGUUUUCCUGCUCCCUGAAGUUUCACAGUAUCAAUUUGUUAGUUUAGCCUGAAUCCUUAAGAGUGCUGAUGCACCUGUAUUAUCUGUUUAUCUGUCUCCCUCUGUACAUUUAGGACCUGUCAAACCAUGUCAGUCACGCUGAAAGUUGGCUCAUAAAAAAUUACAUCUUUAUAACUCCACAGGUAAAGAAGAGGGAAGUGAGAAAAAGAAAGCAGAGUUUAGCUCUUAGCCAUCCUGUGAGGCAGCUUCCUAUAGUCAAUCAGCCUCAGCAUAUGUUGCCUCCUGCUCAGUGGGGAAUGUCAUGGAUGUCAGAGAGGAGGUUGUGGGUUACUGUGGCGUGUAAGAAAGCCGAAGAGACAAAACAUGAAAAUCAGAUGCCAUUAAUUUUGCUGACUAAAGUAUGUAUUCUCUUCCUAGUUCUGGUGACUGCUCAUACCCUUACUGUGGAAACACCUGCCAAGGAACUACAGGUGGCACGAGGGAGCAACGCUACUCUCCGCUGUCAGUUUAAUACUGAUACUUCCGUCACCUCAGGAGAUUUUGUUGUCUGGAGGAAAAUCAAUAGUGCGGAUGAUGCUGUCACUAGGUAUUUUGAUGGACUUGUACAGUAUGGCAAGGGCUAUGAAAACCGAAUACGAUUUACUGGUAACUUAGAGAGCGGGGACAUCAGCAUUACCAUCAAUGAAGUAACCAUGGAAGACAAUGGGACAUAUGCAUGCAGUGUUCGUCUACGGAAUGACCCUCCUCGGCAGUCUGCAGUCACGAGUCUUUUCGUCCUCAUUGCACCAUCCAAGCCAGAAUGCAAGAUUGUGGGCACAGCAGAAUAUGGACAGACGAUCAAUCUAACCUGCAUUUCUCAUGAGGGCUCCCCAAAACCCACAUACAGCUGGCAAAGCUUCAAUGUACAACAUGAACCCCGGGUACUACAAACAACAAAAGGGGAGCAAAUAACUCUGAAGAACAUCUCGGCGGAUACAUCUGGCUUUUACAUCUGCACUUCAACAAACAUUGUGGGAAAGGAAUCUUGCAACAUGACGGUCAGCGUUGUGCCACCAUCCAUGAACAUUGCCCUUUACGCUGGCAUCAUUGGAGGAGCUGUUGCUGCAAUUGUAGUUAUUGGUAUUAUAGCCUAUUGCUGCUGCUGUCGGGGGGACAAGAACACCGACUAUGAGAUGACGGAGACAAAAGAUGCAGAUGAAUUCUCCCAGAGGAAUCCUACGCAGAAUCAGAGAGCAAAAGAUGAUAAUGAAGAUGAAUGAAGAAAGAAGAGGGAGGCUGAUGCCAUCUUCAUUUUUUUCUGAGGCACAGACAUCACUGUAGAAAAGCAAGCAAAUCCCUCUCUUACUGCAAGAAGGUUUUUUUUUUAAGAAUAAUUAAGUAAAAGCUAAUGGCUUUGUCUUCUAGUUGCUGGGAGAGAAUAUCCUUGUCUACCUGAAAAGGAGUAUUUAAAAUACCAUGGGUAAUAAUAUAUAACCUCAUAGCAGAAUAAUGCAUAUGAAGAACUGCUUCACCCACUCAUGCAAAAAUCACCAGUUUUCUUGACUUACCCCUUUCUGUAAAGGAAGCCGGUUAAGUCUAUUUGGAUACAGAGUUGCUGCUUUAUCCCUAGAGCCACAGAAGACUUCAAGGUCACUAAUUCCAAGUUAUCAAGAAAGGGUGGUCUUGUUUAUGCUGUUAUGUAAGUUUCACAGCUUGCAGCAUUGUCUGGUAUAGGAAUGAUUUUAUGUGAGAUUGAAGCAAGCUGAUUUUUGAAGACAUUUUAUUAAGUGUGUUCUUUGUAUAUAUUAUACACCCACAUAUGAAUAAAAAUAUGGGGAAAAAACAGAUGACCGAUCAAAGUCUGUUCGAAGCAACAAUAUAUACUAAUGGCAUGGAUAAGGUAACAGAAAUAAGCUGCUGAGUUUCAAAAAAGUUAGAUGGAUUUAGAACAGGCAGCUGAAAAGAUCUGGAAACAGUCUAUGAGCCUGCAUACUUUCAGAUUUUUGAACUUACGAAUUCCAGCUCAGAGAAUUCCUAAAUAUUAAUUCUCAUCACAUCACCCUUUCCUCCUGACUGUUGUAUUUGUGUGUCAAGUGGUCUAUUGUGCCUGUGGCUUCUUCUGAAAAAACUGUUAGUGUGAGAACAUGUAUAUGGAAAGUGUCUUCUUUACAAAGUACAUACAAACCCAAGUCUCUCUGGCAAUGAACGAUCUGAAGCACAACUCAGCAAAACAUUCUGAGAACUUUUUCCUGUGCUCAGUGUAAAUGUAUGACUGAACAUUACAAAUAUGGAUUACCAAAGAAACCCAACAAAUUUUGCACACAGAAGCUGGAGGCAGGUAAAAAAACAAGGUGCAUAGCUCAGAAAUAGAGGAACAAAUAAAAAGCAAUGAUACAUAUUUUAUUCUGUUUUACAAUGAGAAAGUAUAGUAUGAAUAAUCUAAUUAGCAUUGUAACAGGUUUUUACUGUGAAACAAAAGCUAUUUCUUUUAUAGUUGUUACAGACAUUAGUCACCACCCUGUGUUCCCUCACAAACACCUAUAUCCUUGAGCUGAAGAAGACUUCUGCUGAGGGAUAAUAGCAUGGAUUCUCAUCAAGCAUCUUAACUGGAAAGUCCAGCAAACAGACAUGACAGUUGUCAAUAGUAUUUGUAGCCAGAAACUGGCUCUGGCCUCUAGAACAUUUUAACACUGUUACCUAUCCCAUAUUUUUCACUCUCAGGCUAUGUUAAGCUUAAUUGUCUUGAAAUAACAUUUGCACAUUGAUCAUUUUCAAUGUAAAGAAAAAUGCAGAUUAACAAACCUGCAUUAAGCUAUUUAGAAAAACAAAGUUGCAAAAUACAGAAUAAAUAUAAGAAGACCCCCCAAAAACAUGAAUUCAAUCCUAAGUAGGUUCCAUAAGAAUCAGCAAUGAAAAAGUGAGAGAGUUAACCAUGACAACCAUUAAAGCAGAGCUACUUAUGUUCUGCAAUGUUAAGCUCAGUUCUUCCCUGACAAAUAAACUAAGAGCACAUAGAGAGAGAGGGCUAAGAUAUUUCACUGCUUCUCAUACAUUUUUUUUAUAAAGACUAAUAUCUUGAAAGUUGUGUAUUUAUCAGAAUGCUACUGAUUUGUUAAAUUCAGUCUGCCAAAAAUACACAUACUCAAAUUCCUAAUUUACUCCAAGAUUUUCUGUGACUUACAUGUCUUUUGAAGCAGGAAUAGCUCUAAGAUCCUCUAGUAUACCCAGAACUUUAAAGAAAACUAAAGCAGCGCUAACACAUUUAUGGAGAAGAUUUGGAAAGUGAUCAGCAUUUAAUGAAUUCCCAAGAAUUAAUGUAUGCAUACUCAACUUUGACAGUGACAUCCCUCAAAAGUUGGGAAUUGGGCAGAAAAAGAGUGACAAUCUACACAGACUAUAGUGUAUUACUAUUUAUUUGUGUUCAGUUUGCACAUGGAAGAAUAUGAAUGUAUAUGCUUUAUCUGUGCAUGAAAAAGAAAAAAAAAACAAACACAACAAAAUACAAGGAUUUAAGUGCUCCCAAAUCAUUCUCCCAUCUUCAGGACUGCUGAGAUCUGUUACCCCAAGUGGGAAGAACAGCCACAGUAAGAUUUUGAUACAUCAUUGCUUAGCAAGAUUUAUUUCAGCAAGCAUACUAAGAAGAUAUUUAAAAGUUACAUUUUUUUUUUCCUCCUGACAUUAGCUCAGCAAUCUGCAACAAGCCAUUUCUUGUAUAAUGGGGUGUAUGAAGGGAGCAAACAAGUCCACUCCAACAGUCUAGCAAUGCAAUGAAAAGUAGGUAGGAGAGAAAUCUCAUAUGCAAUUUGAAAAAUUGGAUCACCCUGCAGUUCCCAGAGCAAUUAAACUAACCAGAACUUUAUCACAUUUUCUCUUUUAAAAGUGAGUACUGUCUCAGAAACCUGCUACUGCUUAAUAGAACUGCUCCAAGUAACUCAAAGGUCUACUAAAUGUGGCAAGCAAAAUGCUAUGAUUUAUGAGUGACAAAGAGAUGGGACAAAAGUUAAGUGAUCUGACAGGAGACACAGAUGACCACAACACAGCAGAAGCAUGGAGAUAAGGAAUCAAUAUUCCCAGUUCUUUGAUAUACCCUGCAAGGCAAGUAUUCUCAUCAACACCCUUGUUCCUAUUUCCCUUUCACCUUCCAAACACCCUUUUUUUUGUUCCCCUCAGUUUUGGGCAUUCUUCUCAGCAGAGAUGCUCUCCUACAAGUCCUGACUAUACUGUUGCAAGGGGUUCUUCCUUCCUGGGUGCUGGACUUCGCUGCAUUUCACAAGGUUCCUUAUUAGCCCAUUCCUUCAGCCUGUUUAGGUCCCUCUGUAUGGCAGUCCUGCCCUUGAGCAUAUCAGCUGUUUUUCCCAGUUUGGUGUCUUCGACAGGUAAGAGUGCACUCCAUCACCUCCCCCAGGUCACUGCUAAAGACAUUAAACAGGCUUCUGUAUAGACUCCUGCAGUACCAAACUUGUUACUGGCCUCCACAUAGAGUACAACCUCUUAACCGCCACCUUCAGAGCCCAAACAGAUUUUUAGUCAUCUGUUGUCCACCAAUAUGUAACAUCCCAACUUGAACACAAACAUACCAUAUUGAGAGCCUUGCUAAAGUACACAUUCUUGAGCUGUUCUUGCAUUUGGAAGAUGCUAUCCUCAGUGAUCUGCCAGUCUUCCUAGACUCCUUUAUUCUUUAGAGCUGUCUCCCAGGGAUUCCACCUACCCAUUUCCUGCAUACCUUUCAUUGCCUUCCUCACUCUUCUCAAGAUCUUGAACUCCAGUAUUACACGGUCACAAAAGCAGAGGCUGCCACUGC